AUGGCCGGAGGCAAGGGAAAGUCAUCGGGAGGCAAGUCCUCUGGAGGAAAGGUUGGCGCCGAUAGUGGAAAGAAGCAACAGAGCCACUCAAGCAAGGCUGGUCUUCAGUUUCCCUGCGGACGUGUCAAGCGUUUCUUGAAGAACAAUACCCAAAACAAGAUGCGAGUUGGAGCCAAGGCUGCUGUCUACGUUACUGCUGUCCUCGAAUAUCUGACUGCUGAAGUUCUCGAGCUUGCAGGAAACGCCGCCAAAGAUCUCAAGGUCAAGCGUAUCACUCCCCGCCACCUGCAACUUGCCAUUCGCGGCGACGAAGAACUCGAUACCCUUAUCCGUGCGACCAUUGCCUUUGGUGGCGUCCUUCCACAUAUCAACAGAGCUCUUCUCUUGAAGGUCGAGCAGAAGAAGAAGACCAAGAUUGAGGUUUAG